UUAUUCAUAAGGAGUUUCUGAUUAUGUUAGAUGCAUUUGCAAAAGUAGUUGCUCAAGCUGAUGCAAGGGGAGAAUUUUUAAGCAAUACUCAACUUGAUGCUUUGUCAAAAAUGGUAUCUGAAGGCAAUAAAAGACUUGAUGUAGUCAAUAGAAUUACUUCUAAUGCUUCAGCAAUUGUUACCAAUGCGGCUAGAGCUUUAUUCUCAGAACAACCUCAGCUAAUUCAACCAGGUGGUAAUGCCUAUACUAAUAGACGUAUGGCUGCAUGUCUAAGAGAUAUGGAAAUUAUUUUACGUUAUGUAAGUUAUGCAAUUAUUGCUGGUGAUUCAAGUGUAUUAGAUGACCGUUGCUUAAAUGGCUUACGUGAAACUUAUCAAGCUUUAGGUGUACCAGGUGCUUCAGUCGCAGUAGGUGUUGAAAAAAUGAAAGAUUCUGCUAUUGCAAUUGCCAAUGAUCCUAGCGGUAUAACAACUGGUGACUGUAGCGCACUUAUGGCAGAAGUCGGAACAUAUUUUGAUCGCGCUGCUACUGCAGUCCAAUAAGUUAUAAUUAUAGCUUAUUUUUCUAAAAAUACAAAUAAAUAAAUUUAUAUCUUAAUUU